AUGUCUAGAGCAGAUAUGGUACUGUUGCUUGUAAAACUGGUUUUAUUAAUAGAAUUAUGUUGUUGGAGUGUAGUAGUGACGGCAAAUACGUUACAAGGCCACAAUCAUCAGGAAAACUUUGGAUGCAAAUGCAAAGAAGGGUUUUAUUCGACAUGCACCACACACUGUGAUAAGUGCAAGACAUCAGAAUGUGAACCUUGUACAGUAUGUCGGAAAGACAAAGGCAGCAAAGUAGUUAAAGAAUGUUCACUAUCCCAUGACAGGGAGUGUGACUGUAUUGCAAACGCAAAUGGUGUAACUGACAACAAGAAUAUAUGCGCUUGUAAAGAAGGCAUGGAACUCCAUAACGAAGAAUGCAGACCUUGCCCGCAAGGAUACUUUUCUACUGACAGAAUGGAUAAAUGUAAACCAUGGAAAAAUUGCACAGAAAGUGGUCAGCCAGUAAAACAGCACGGAACAGCUGUUCAAGAUGCAGUCUGUGGCAGUCCUUCUCCUAGCACUUCAACCAGCAGAGCUGUGCCAGUUAAAUCACUGUCUACAAGCACUACAGUACCUCAGCUAUCACAAAUACCAAAUUUAAUGAGUCUUAUUACAUCAGCAAGGACAGUACAAAUGCCAGAUGCAGGAGAUCGAGUGAUUACUCAAGCAAUUGAUGCAGGAUUAAACAAGGACAUUAAGGACUCAACUGAUGCAGAGAGAUAUCUGUGUGACUUGGCAUUAACUUUUGCUGUGAUGCUUCAGAUGGAUAUCUGUGUGACUUGGCAGAGUGAUGAAACUGCACAUCUAAUUUAUCACAUUGGAGAGGAGCGUGGAGUUGUUUCCUUAAGUAGGGAAGAACAGUACAUAAGAUAG